UUAUAUAGUUUAUCCUCACGAGUCGGUUCUCAUUUACUAAGGUGUGCUCGAACAGUGCGCAUUCGCAUCUACGUACCUACUUGUCACUUAUUUAAUAAUACUAUACUAAUUCAAGAUGUGCGACGAGGAAGUUGCCGCGUUGGUAGUAGACAACGGCUCCGGUAUGUGCAAGGCCGGUUUCGCAGGAGAUGAUGCUCCUCGCGCCGUAUUUCCCUCGAUUGUCGGAAGGCCCCGCCAUCAGGGUGUGAUGGUCGGCAUGGGACAGAAAGACUCGUACGUAGGAGACGAGGCACAGAGCAAAAGAGGUAUCCUGACCCUCAAAUACCCCAUCGAGCACGGAAUCGUCACUAACUGGGAUGACAUGGAGAAGAUUUGGCAUCAUACCUUCUACAAUGAGCUCCGUGUCGCCCCCGAGGAACACCCCGUCCUGCUCACUGAGGCUCCCCUCAACCCCAAGGCCAACAGAGAGAAGAUGACCCAGAUCAUGUUCGAAACAUUCAACACGCCCGCCAUGUACGUCGCCAUCCAAGCCGUGCUCUCGCUGUACGCGUCCGGUCGUACCACCGGUAUCGUGCUGGACUCCGGCGACGGUGUCUCCCACACCGUGCCCAUCUACGAGGGAUACGCACUCCCCCACGCCAUCCUGCGUCUGGACUUAGCCGGUCGCGACCUCACAGACUACCUCAUGAAGAUCCUCACCGAGCGCGGCUACUCGUUCACUACCACCGCCGAGCGGGAAAUUGUUCGUGACAUCAAGGAGAAGCUGUGCUACGUCGCUCUUGACUUCGAGCAGGAGAUGGCCACCGCUGCAUCCAGCAGCUCCCUCGAGAAGUCUUACGAACUUCCCGACGGUCAGGUCAUCACCAUCGGAAACGAAAGAUUCCGUUGCCCAGAGGCUCUCUUCCAACCCUCGUUCUUGGGUAUGGAAGCUUGCGGCAUCCACGAGACCACAUAUAACUCCAUCAUGAAAUGCGACGUGGACAUCCGUAAGGACUUGUACGCCAACACCGUAUUGUCCGGUGGUACCACCAUGUACCCUGGAAUCGCCGACCGUAUGCAAAAGGAAAUCACAGCUCUCGCCCCAUCGACAAUGAAGAUUAAGAUCAUUGCUCCUCCAGAGAGGAAGUACUCCGUAUGGAUCGGUGGAUCGAUCCUCGCCUCCCUCUCUACCUUCCAACAAAUGUGGAUCUCGAAACAAGAGUACGACGAGUCUGGCCCCUCCAUUGUACACAGGAAGUGCUUCUAAACGCACCGCGCGUCGCUGCCUCCAGCAGCCCGCGGCCGGCUGCUCAAUUCAGGCUUGUAAUCUCCGUUAAUUUAAUUGUACGUAAGAUAUUAUUGUAAUUAACGUAAUAGUGACGGCAGGACGGAGCGCGGCGCCGCGGGCGCGCCUCGACCGCCGGCCCGGUACUGCACUCGCCAAAGGAUUUUUUGUAAUCUCAUGAAUGAUGAUUGUAUGUGCUGAAACGGAUAAGACUACUUUCUUACUAGGUCAUUUAUAAAUUAUAAAAAACAAAUUUAAAAAAAAAUACAAAAAAAAGUCCGAAAAAUUA